AUGCAGCUGGGAAGAGCACGGCUAACACAGGAGGAACGGCGCAAACGACUACUGGAGGGGAGAUGCUUCUACUGCAGUGAGGCUGGUCAUCUCGUCGUCACCUGUCCUGCCAAACAAGCUUCAGCGGUGAGUCAAUUCGAAGCUUCAAAGCCCGUUUCACGAACUCUCACCAAGGUCCAGCUAAUUCACCAUACUGUCAAUAAUUUGGAGGAACUCAUAGAUUCAGGAGCUGACGAAAGUCUAAUGGACUGUGAACUAGUGGAAAAACUGGGCAUUAGAUCUGAACCCUUAACUAAGCCCAUCAGGGCCCGAGCUCUAGAUGGGAAGGAACUGUUUGUCAAUUCGCGUAUCACUGAACCUCUCCAUAUGCACAUUAAGGACCACUAG